CAUUUGGAACAAUGCCUGAUACAGUAAAUAAACACUCAAAUGACAGCUGUUAUUAUUAAAUACUUGUAACUUAUCUAAUCAUCACAUCCCCCUCCCCAUCCAUCCAUCCUGCUCAGUUUACAGAUUAAUCUUACCCCUUCCUCUAUUCAAAGAUUCUUGAACAGGAUUCUGUUAGGCGUGAAAAUUCACCAAGUCUCUCCCCACCCCAAAGGCAGCCCAUUCUGGCCUCAAAUAGUUCGUAUACUAAGAAAGUUCUCCACGUUGUUAAGUCUUCCUUUGUGUUACUGCCACUUAGGAUGCUACUGCUGCCCUUAGAGCCAUAGAGAACACGUUCACUCCAUCUUCUAUUCACAGCUUUUUCAGACUAGGAGGCUGUUACCUUGUUUUACUAAAUAAGUACCCUGUGUUCAGUCAGACAUUCAUUAUGUAAUAUAAUUUCCAGCUGUUAUAGGGAUUUCUCUUCUGAAUAUGUUUUUAAAGUGGUAGAGAAGUAUACAACACGUCCCACCUUUAAGGUACUUGAAGUGUUAAGUGUACACCAAAUGACUGCAGAGUAUUCGUAUGAAAGAUUAAAAUCAUGAUAAAAUGUGGUGUAAAGAUGUACAUUCUACUUUAACACAUGUUCUCUUAAUGAUUUCCUGGACUUGAUAUCAUCUGUCACUGUAUGAUCACUUCCUUCCUAUGUCACUUCUCACAUACUUGGAAACAUUAAUUAUGUUCUUACAGACCUUUGCAUUGCAGCUGUAAUUAAAGAAUGCUGUCUCGUUACCUUGUCACUGAAGAGCCAAAUCUUAGAUGCAGAAACAGAUGUAUUAUGUGCAGUCCUUUACAGCCAUCACAACAGAAUGGGCCGCCACAAGCCCCAUUUGGCCCUCAAACAGGUUGAACAAUGUUUAAAACGCUUGAAAAACAUGAAUUUGGAAGAUUCAAUUCAAGAUCUCUCUGAGUCAUUUUCUUCUAAUGAAAAUCAGCCUGUAAAUACCAAAGCAUGUGUCAUCCCUAGCCAACCAGUGGUGGAACUGGUGUUGAUGAAGAUUUUGGGAGCCUGCAAGUUGCUACUUCGCUUGUUGGACUGUUGCUGCAAGACAUUUCUCUUGACUGUGAAACAUCUAGGUUUGCAAGAAUUCAUUAUUUUAAACCUUGUGAUGGUUGGGCUGGUGAGCAGGUUAUGGGUUCUCUAUAAAGAUGUUUUAAAAAGGCUGGUUUCUUUAUAUGAACCAUUGUUUGGAUUACUUCAAGAGGUCUCCAGGAUUCAACCAUUGCCUUACUUCAAAGGUUUUACCUUUCCUUCUGAUAUUGCUGAAUUUUUAGGAGAGCCCUACUCUGAAAUCUUUAAGAAAAAAAUGCCUACAUCUUUUGCAGCUAAAGGAGUAACUAAACUGCUAAAUAAACUAUUUUUAACAAAAGAGCAAUCACAGAGGUCCAGUGAAGAAACAUUACUUAGCAUUUCCAAAAAAGCUAAACAAAUGAAGAUCAGUAUUCAGAAUUAUGUGGAUCUUGGACAGCCAGUAAAGAAUAAGAAAAUCUUAAAAGAAAAGUCAUCAGAAUUUGACGUGAGGGCUUUCUGCAAACAGCUGAAACACAAAGCUAUUCAGGAGAACAGUUUUGAGUUUAAAUGUUCUCAAUCCAAACUAAAGGCAACCAAACGUUCUUCUCGGAAAGCAAUAGGAACUCCCUGUGUAAAAAGUCUUGUGCAAAGAUUCCAAGAAACUGAGACUUUCGUACAACUUUCUGAAGAGAUCCAAAUGGCAAUUCUGUGGUGUAGGAGCAAAAAACUCAAGGCUCAGACCACCUUUCUGGGUAAUAAACUUCUUAAAAGUAACCGGCUUAAACAUGUGGAAGCUCAAGGCUAUAGCUUGCCAAAGAAACUAGAGUGCAUAAAAACAUCAAUUUGCAACUGCCUUCUUCAUGGCUCAGGUAGCAAAACUUUGAAGAAUCAUCUGAGACAAAGAAGAUCACAGAAUAAAUUUUCAUUGAAACGAAAGAAACCACAGAGAAAGUUGCAGUCGACUCUUUUAAAGGAAACCCAGCAGCCCCCUCAAGGGACUCAGAGUGCUACCGAUAUCAUUAAAGGGAGACUCUCACACCCUACAGUUCGUACAACUGAUCUCUACCCUAACAAUAAGCAAGUGUUGAGUAGAAGAGUUUCAAGUUCUGUCAUACGAACUAAGGAGAAACAAAUUCAUGAAAAUCGUAUAGAAAGCAAUGAAAAUGAAACUGAUUCUUGGACAACGAUGCAAAUAAAUAAACAUAAUACAUCAGGAAUCACUAAGGAGACAGAUGACAUUGAUGAUAUUUUCGCUUUAAUGGGAGUUUAGAUGCUCAUAUGUGAGACUUUUAACUGGUUAACCGGCUGCUCCAGUGUUCUGUUUUAAGUCGAACAGCUGAGAUCUGGAAAGAUCUGGAAGUACCAUUUGGAUUCAGAGGAGCUGCUUAAGUGCAACAUUGUAGAGCAGUUCAUUUUAGUUCAGUAAACACUUGUCAUA